AUGACGGCUGAGGACAAGAAGGCCGUGUCCAUCAAGGUGCCCGUGAAACCAAAGGAAGCCGAUGAAAAGAGGAGAAAAUUGAACAACCUUAAAAUCAAGAAUGAAGAACUGAACGAAGAGGAGAAGAAAAAGAAGGAAGAGUUGGAGUUGCUGAUUACUAGGCUACGUGAUGACGAUCCAGAUGUAGUGAACCUUUCCAUUACAAUGUUGAAUAAGGAAAUAAUUGAUACCAGUGGAAUAUUGACAUCGUCUCUGUUGGCCCUGAAGGUACUAAAGACCCAUUACAACACAUUACUAGAAAUACAUGAAAACAUGAAAUUCGAAGAAUGCAAAAAGAAAAUGAGUAACAUGAUAAGUGCCUUGUCCACGACAAUAGGUGAUGAAAACAACAUCGUUAAAUAUAUCAUCAUGGGAAAUAAAAGGGAUUUAGUGAAUUAUGGCCAUGAGUACAUAAAGAAUUUAAUUAGUAAGCUGUUGGUAGAGUUUAAAAAUGUAAAAGAGGAGGAAUCCUCUGUCUCUGGGUCGGUGGUUACUCCCGGUGGAGCAGUAGCAUCGUCAUCCCCUUCCCUUGCGACUGCUACUUCCCCUACGAUGACAGGUAGUAGCAUCCCCCCGACAGGAGCACCUGUAAGCACGCCGAAAGGAGUGCACAUGAUCAACCAUAUUUACGAACUUGUGAACAUCAUCGUGCCAUACUGUUUUAACCACAACACAGAAUAUGAGGGGAUCGAUUUGUUGAUUGAGGUGGAUAAAAUUAACGACAUUCCCCUAUACGUGGAUGAAAAGUCGUGUGAAAGGUCUAUCCUAUAUCUACUAAACAUAACUCAUUACAGUUCCUCAACGGAGGAAUACUACAAAUUGAUGGAUGUGAUUUUACAGAUUUUAAAGAAGCACAAGAGAUACGUAGAAUAUUUAAAAAUUUUACUGAGGGUAAACAGGAUAGAGAAGAUCAAGGAUCUCCUUUUUGAAUGUGGGGAUAUGCUUACAUGCAAGCAGAUGGCUUUAAUUUGUUCUAGACAUUCAGUCCAUUUGGAGUUUACCCAGGAGGAAGUGAUUCGAUACCCUCACAUGGAUCUGAACCAGCUAUCUAGUCUUUCCUCAGGUGAACAUUUAUCUUCCAUAUUUUUGAAGCUAGCCAAAGAUUUAGAUGUAGAAGAACCAAAAUUGCCAGAAGAUAUUUACAAAACACACCUUGAAGAAAAGAGGAAUACAAAUGUAUGGGAUUCUGCAAAGCAAAACUUAUCGUCCUCCUUUGUAAAUGCAUUUGUGAAUGCUGGUUUUUGUAAAGAUAAACUAAUGACAGUUAACUCGUCUCUUUGGAUUUUUAAAAAUAAAGAUUAUGGCUUGAUGAGUGCAACUGCAUCUAUGGGAUUACUCCUCAUGUGGAAUAUAGAUGAAGGGUUGUCCCAAAUAGACAAAUUUCAAUACAGUAGUGAUCAGUAUGUGAAGGCAGGUUCUCUGAUGGCUUUCGGGUUAGCUUGUACCAAUGUGAGAAACGAAUGUGAUCCUGCCUUUGCAUUAUUAUCUGAACACAUAGAUGCAGAGAAUACGAUGGAAAAAAUAGGAGCCAUAUUAGGCUUUGGUUAUGCAUAUGCUGGGUCAGGGAAGGAGAACCUCCUAGAUGUACUCAUACCACCACUUGUAGAUAAUGGCUGUAUAAUAGAGUGCAGCGUGUUUGCAGCCGUAUCAUUAGGACUAGUAUUUGUGGGUUCACAAAAUAGAGAAAUUGCAGAAUACAUUAUUGAUACUGUUAUGGAGAGAGAAAAAGUUAACAACUCGCUUGACCAACCUAUCGCCAAAUUAUAUGCAGUUGCCUUAGGGCUUUUGUUUCUCUGUUCAAGAGAAAAAUGCGAAGCUACUUUGUCAGCUUUAGAAAUAAUCAAACACCCGAUCGCAAAAUAUAUGAUCACCACUGUGGAAGGUAUGGCCUUCGCUGGGUCCAACGACGUUUUGAAGGUUCAGAAAAUGUUACAAGUUUUGGUGGAGAAGAGAAAUGAAAAAAAGGUUAAUGUGGAUGGUUUCACAAAACCAGGUGAUCAUCCUCCCUCCCAUGGUGCUAAUGCUGUUGAUGGAAAAACUCUCCAGGGUGCAGAAACGAAAGGACUCACUCUGGAUGGCAAGAGAGUCAACACCUUAGGUAGUAAAAGCGGCAAGUCUGGUCCACCUGAUGGGAAAGGUAAUACCAAUGCAGGAAGUGGCUCAGGAGGGAAUGUUCCCCAGACGGAAGACAAUCUAGACCAGUGUGUAGCUAUCCUUAACAUUGCUCUGAUAGCCCUAACGGAUGACAUUAGUUCCGAAAUGACAACAAGAAUCAUUGACCACUUCUUACAAUACUCAAACUUGAACCAGAAGAAAGCAGUACCCUUAGCUCUGGCGCUACUAUUUACAUCCUUCCCUAAACCAAACAUCGUAGAUAUUCUCUCCAAACUGACUCAUGAUCAGGAUGCAGAUGUGGCUUUGCAUGCGAUUAUGUCCUUGGGGUUCGUUGGUGCCGGGACCAACAAUUCACGUAUAGCUAUAUUGUUAAGACAGUUGUCUACCUUUUAUUGUAAAGAUGCUAAUGCUACCUUCGUUGUUAGACUAUCUCAAGGUUUACUGUACAUGGGAAAAGGGCUACUAACUAUUAACCCUCUUCAUUCGAAUCGAUCCAUUAUCAACCACGUUGCUCUGGGAUCCCUCCUUGUUACCAUCCACGCUUGUCUUCAACUGAAGACAACCAUAUUGGGCAAAUAUCACUACUUGCUCUACCACCUCGUGCCCAGCAUUUAUCCGCGUAUGCUCGUCACCGUGAAUGAGGACUUGGAGCCUCUUCCCAUCUCGGUGCGCGUAGGCCAGGCCGUUGACGUCGUCGGGCAAGUCGGAAAGCCCAAAACAAUCACCGGGUUCCAGACCCACGUGACGCCUGUCCUGCUUUUGCACACAGACCGGGCGGAGAUAGCCACAGAGGAAUACAUCCCCGUCAACGAUACUCUCGAAGGAAUCGUCAUUCUGAAGAAGGACCCGAACUACGUGCCGCCAGCGAUCAACUAA